AUGGCUAGAAACCUUAUCCUCGUGCUCGCAGUUCUCCUAGCAACCACGACCCUCUGCCACGGAGCCCGGCCGUUCCUCACAGCGCUACUGACCUCCGAUCCGUACGCCGCGCAAGCCUUGGGAAUUGAGGCGGGAAACGGUGUGGAGAAGAAUCAACUAGCAGAGGCAGAAGUGGCCGCUGCUGACAACGAUAACACCGCCAGCGUUGCGGGAGCUACUGAAAUCGUAUCAACUGCCGCUAAUAACGACAAUGUGGCAUCAGCAAUUCCUAGGACGAUGACAGCCGGCGUGGACAGCGAUUCCGUCAGAUUCUUGACGGCGUCCGUUUCUCUGCCAGGUUCCGACAACGUCAUCGAAGCAUUGAACGUACCGCGUAGAAAGGGCUCUCUGGUCUCAGUAAUCGACGACCCCACUGACAACACCGCCUCUGUCGGCGCAUCGACGUCUUCUGCCGUCAUAGACGACCCCGCCGAUAACUCCGCGUCUGCUUCGACGACGGUGUCUUUCGACGACCCUACUGAUAACUCCGCCUCUGUAGGCGCAUCCGCGUCUGCUGCCGUUAUCGAUGCUGAUCUGAGCGAUAACACCGCGUCUGCUGCGACGACGGUGAAAUUCGACGAUCCCACAGAUAACACCGCCUCUGCCGGCGCAUCCGCCGCGUCUGCUGCCGUUAUCGUUGAUGACCUCGGCGACAACACCGCCUCUGCGCGGGAGUCGGCAACGACGACGGCGUACGUCUCCCUUCCCGGGUCAGACAACGAAAUCUAUGCGUACCGCGUUCCUGCUCGCCGGGAAGGCAUGCUGGUCGUCGUGAACGGCGAGGGCAGCAGUUAA